AUGGCGUUUGCCCUCGAGUCAGAGCUGGCUCCCCGACCUGAUCGACCCGAUGACCCUCCCGACCUGUGUCCCCUCGUGGACGGGUCCUGCCCGGACAACGAAGACGCCUCUCACAACGGCGGCACGAAGUGCGGCAUGAAGCAAUACGAGCGCGAGUGCUACUGCAAUCUCAAAACGGGCCUCGUUUGCGCGUGGUCAUGCCCCUGGGACUUGUGGUGGGAGACCGAGGACUGGUUCGCCAAGUUGUGCCCGGAAUCGCCGGCCUUGAAGGUGGACUACUCUGGCCUGCCCGACUGCGCGCGAGACUGCAUCGACGACACCACCUUCUCGUACGGCUGCAUCACGCAGUCGGUCAAUUGCUUCUGCGCGGACGGAGAUCUCCACGACUGCCACAACUCCUGUAGCAGUGAUGAGGAAUGGGCCCAGAUAGAGGAAUGGCUGCAGAAUACGUGCGAUAUGGAUGCCGACGAGGCAAAGUUUUCGGGAUCCAAGAUCGUGUAG